UAAAUGUUAUACAAGCGUAUAAACAAUGAGAAGUGAAUGAAGUUAUUUAUUGAAUAUUUCAAUAAACCAGUCUAUACAUAUAAAAUUCUAAAAAUAAUCAUUCAAAAUGUGUCGAACAUUACACGCGCUGCUUCAAACCGUAAUAUGCGGUAUACAAAUGUUAGUAAGAGUGUUUAUGACAGUCAUUCUUAUGAUAGAAAACCUGAUUCGAAUGAUUCUUCAAACGCUAUACAAUUUUAUAUCAUUUCUAUUACAAAUGCUAUCACUAAUCCCGAUAUGUAUAGUAUUUCUACUGACGGCAAGGCUGAAAUGUUUUAUGUGUGGGGGCGGCGGCCCCUGUCCCGUCAACAGAGGCGGGGCUUGCGACUGCAUCAUGUCAGCUUUAGCUAUCAUCAUAUUGUUCUUCAUAUUCCGUGCAACCGGCGUCCUAGACAAGAUCUUCUACAGUCUCGGUUACACUAAGGCUAAAGCUCCGGUGUACAAAUUCGUCCCAACUCCUGGCGAUAUUACAGAAUGUUCUAGAAACGACACGGAUUACACAGAUGAUAUUAUACUAACCACUUUAAAUGACAACGAACUACUAACUGACAUGUUCUUAUCAACCGAACUUAGUUCGACUUCUGAAAAAUAUAUCAAACUAGUUAUAACUCCUGAAGCAAGUGACAAAGUAGAAGAAACUUCUGAAACAAUUAUCAAACUAGAAGAAACCUCUGUAACAACAACAACCUCGCUUAGCAAUACACGGUUGUUACGCGAUAUCAUUCGAAACACUAAGAUAUGGUCAAACUUUUUGUCUUACUGACAUAUUACUAUUUAUGCUUAUUGACAUUAAAACAAUGUUUCGGUUUUUUAUCAAA